UUCCUGAGACACGGGUCCUUGUUAUGCUCUCGCCGGCAUCUAAAGAGAAGACGGCUAGGGGGGGAACUUUGACAAUUAGCCGCUAGUACUUAAUUGUAUUUUUUUAUUUCAAUUUCUAAUUAUUGUGUGGCGUUUCCCAUGCAGAGAGAUGUGGUUUAUUUAUUUACUAAGCUGGCUGUCGCUGGUGAUCCAAAUAUCCUUCGUUACUCUAGCGAUCGCUGCAGGUCUCUAUUACUUGGCAGAACUUAUAGAGGAAUACACAGUGGCCACGCGCCGAAUAAUAAAGUACAUGAUAAUGUUCUCCACAGGGGUCCUGGCCUCCCUGUAUCUGUUUGAGGGCUUCCCUGCACUGAAUGUGGCCGUGGGUCUCUUCACCAACCUGGUGUAUUUUGGCCUCCUACAGACCUUCCCUUAUAUACUGCUGAGCUCGCCCAACUUUAUACUUUCCUGCGUGCUGGUGGUGGUCAACCACUACAUGGCUUUCCAAUACUUUGCAGAGGAGUACUACCCCUUCUCGGAGGUGCUGGCCUACUUCACCAUCUGCCUGUGGAUCAUCCCCUUCUCCUUCUUCGUGUCCCUGUCGGCGGGGGAGAACGUCCUUCCUUCGACCAUGCAGCAAGGAGACGAUGUGGUGUCCAACUACUUCACCAAGGGCAAGCGAGGCAAGAGGUCCAGCAUCCUGUCCAUGUUCUCCUUCCUCAAGGAGGCCGUGCUGCCCAGCCGACAGAAGAUGUACUGAGGAGGACACGU